UUGCUAGUGCAUUUGCAUGGAUGAGUUAAUCCUUUCCAUGCUAGUGGACGAUAUUGGUGAAGUACGACAACGACAACAGGUACGGAAAGCUCAGCAUCUGGAGGAUCUCUCGGCCGUAUUUCCUGCCACCAGCGUUACCGAACGAUCCGUUUCCUAUCGAGCUCCGUAUUCAACGCCCUCGACUAUCUUGGCCACGGUGGUGAGUGGUGGGACGAGCCUUGUGCCGGGCAGCAUUCCGACCCCGUUCGCAGUGUUGCUGGCGCACAACCAGACUACCGGUGACCAUGGCUUCGGCCAGGGUUUCACCGGCGGUGUUGCCGAUGCUGGCGAGGCUGGUGGUAGUGGGAGCGGUGAGUCGAUCGUUGGUCCGGCGGCAUCGAUCGGAAUCGGUGGUUCGCUUGGUGUGUCCGUUACCGGUGGUACGACGGUAGCCACGAUUGUGUCCUCGACGCUAGCGAACGCUACACUGUCCGAGCACGAGCUAGACCUAGACACGAUCCGCAAGGUGAUCAUUUGCAUCGUACUGUUAGCUGUGAUAUUUGGCACGAUCGUCGGCAACAUACUGGUGUGUGUGGCCGUGUGUCUGGUGCGGAAGCUGCGCCGGCCCUGCAACUAUCUGCUCGUGUCACUCGCCGUAUCGGACCUAUGCGUCGCCUGCCUGGUGAUGCCACCCGCCCUAAUGUACGAGGUGCUCGGUGAGUGGAACUUUGGGCGCGUGUUCUGUGAUAUCUGGGUGUCGUUCGAUGUGCUGUCCUGUACCGCUUCCAUCCUGAACCUGUGCGCCAUCUCCGUGGACCGGUACUGGGCGAUCACGAAACCGCUCGAGUACGGCGUAAAGCGAACGCCCCGUCGUAUGAUGCUCUGCGUCGGGCUGGUAUGGUUGGCGGCUGCCUGCAUUUCCCUGCCCCCCUUGCUGAUCCUCGGCAACAAGCACACGAUCGGGGACGGGCCCGAUCAGCGUCCAUUUUGUGCGGUGUGUGAAGACGUCGGGUAUCAGAUCUACGCCACGCUCGGUUCGUUCUACAUUCCGCUCGCCGUGAUGCUGUUCGUGUAUUAUCAAAUUUUUCGUGCAGCCCGCCGAAUAGUGAAGGAUGAGAAGCGCGCACAGACACGGCUGGAGAACAGUUUGGCUGUGGAUAAAGUAAGCACUACCACCAACACGACGACGACGACGGCCAUGAGUUUGAAGCCACCGGAUUCGAUCGGAUCGGCCAUCGCUGCCGGAACGGCACUGGGAGCGGGCGGUGGAUCACCGCACCAGAAGAAGCUUCGCUUUCAACUGGCCAAGGAGCGGAAGGCAUCGACCACGCUCGGCAUUAUCAUGUCGGCGUUUACGAUCUGCUGGCUGCCGUUUUUCAUCCUGGCACUGGUAAGACCACUUAUGGACGAUGACUAUCCAACGCUGUCGUCGUUCUUCCUGUGGCUCGGGUACGCCAACUCGCUGCUCAAUCCCAUCAUCUACGCCACGCUGAACCGCGACUUCCGGAAACCGUUCCAGGAGAUCCUGUACUUCCGCUGCUCGAACCUAAACAUCCUGAUGCGGGAGGACUUCUACCACAGCCAGUACGGUGAGCCCGGCUCGCAGCGGUUCGUGCUGGAAAACGAAGGGCAGCAUACGGCACGGGAAAGCUUUCUCUAACUC